AUGAAUGAUACAGCAAGACAUGGAAGUGAGUUUUUUAAAGCAGCUCACAUAAAUGACACUGUCAGUAUGAAGUCCUUAUUGACGAGUAAAGAUUUUGAUCCUGCGAUUCGAGGGAACUUAGAAGAAACAAUACUACAUACUGCAUUGUUAAAUGGCAAUAAGGAAAUUGCAGAGUUCAUUCUGGAUAUGGUGCCAUCAUUGAUCAAUGAGCCAAUGACGUCUGACAUGUAUAGAGGUGAAACGCCGAUGCACAUAGCUGUUCUGAAACAAGAUGUGGAAAUGGUUAAGGAACUGUUGAAACGAGGAGCUGAUGUGAUGAAUGCACGUGCUACUGGUUCCUGCUUUGUCCCAGGAGAGGAAUGUCAGUGUUACUACGGUGAAUACUUGCUGUCAUUUGCUGCAUGCAUUGGCAAUGAAGAAAUUGUCCGAACUCUUAUUAAACAUUGUGCUCCACUGGAAGCCCAGGACUCUUUAGGUAACACAGUGCUUCAUGUAUUAGUCCUACAACCAGAAAAAGAGCAGGCAUAUUCCAUGUAUGAUCUCAUCACCUCUCUCGUAUCUGAGAAGCAUUAUCAAUUUGUUGAGAACAUUGUGAAUAAUGAUGGCUACACACCACUGAAGCUUGCAGCAGCUGAGGGGGACUUUGUGAUGUUCAACUAUUUGGUUCAAAAGCAAAAGAAAAUAUACUGGACAAUGGGAACAAUUUCUUACUGUGUUUAUGACCUCACUAACAUUGAUACAUGGGGCGAUCAAAAAUCAGUUCUGGACAUCAUAACAACGAGCAGGAAUAGUGAAGUUCGCAAACUUGUUGAUGCUAAGCCAGUGAAAGAGCUAUUACAUCAAAAAUGGAAUUCAUUUGGCUAUAAGUAUUUCCUCAUAUGGAUGUUCUCCUAUAUUAUAUACAUCAUUAUAUUCACAGUCUCCAGCCUCUAUCGGCCUCUGAAGCCAAUCCCACCGGGAUUAUCUGACAACCUCACCAUCAGAACACAGAAGACUUUAGCGGAAUCUUAUCAAACAAAAGAAGACUACCUGAGACUUGUUGGUGAAUUAAUUACCAUCAUUGGAGCAUUGGUGAUACUUAUUAGUGAGAUCCCUUAUUUGUACAGGAUUGGUCCAAGAAAUUAUUUAGGGAAUACUUCCAUAGGAGGGCCAUUUCCAUUACUCUUGGUCUGUUACUCCCUUUUGAUUGCUGUGGCAGUAAUCAUGAGAAUCCUUGGUAAUGUUGAAGAAGCAGUUCCCAUUUCUUUGGCUCUGAUCAUUGGCUGGUGCAAUACCAUCUAUUUUGCCCGAGGAUUUAAAAUGCUUGGGCAAUUUUCUAUUAUGAUCCAAAAGAUCUUUCGUAAGAGUGAGAUUAUUUUUGGUGAUUUUAUGCAAUGGUGCUGCCUGGUGCUUAUCUGUAUCACUGGAUUUACCUCCGCAUUCUAUGUUAUGUUUCAGACUCUGGAUUUGAGAAAUUAUCCAUAUUUCAGGGACUUUUCAAUGACCAUGUACACCACAGUUGAGCUGAUGAUGGGCUUGAUUGACCUUCCAGUCCCAUACAACAAACCAACACCCAGCAUCAUAUAUGUUGGCUAUGUAUUAUACAUGAUCUUUGUGUACCUUCUGCUAUUAAAUCUGUUGAUUGCAAUGAUGGACGACACAUACUGGAGAAUUGCAUAUGAAAGAGAAGAACUGUGGAAAGUACAAAUUGCAGCUACAAUCCUGCUUCUGGAGCGAAGAGUUCCAGUAUUUCUAAGAAUCCGCUCAGGAGUUCCUGGAAGAUCACUGGGUUUUGAUGAUGACAAGUGGUAUAUCGGGGUUGAAGAAAUUCUUAGUGAAGCAGUAGGGACAAAGGCACAAGUCCCAGCACUGGAUGCACAGAAAUAUUCACACCAUCUAGGCUGGGAUGCAAUUCGAAAAAAUCUAGCAAAAAUCAUAAGCAUGAGAGAUUCAUCUGAGUCUACGGCAUUUUAG